AUGCCCCGCCCCCGCAGAUCCCACACUCUGGGCGCCUGUCGAACUUGUCGCCGCCGCCAUGUCAAGUGCGACCAGAAGCGCCCGGCCUGUCGGACGUGCCGGACCUUGGGGGUGCCUUGCGAGGGCUUUGCCAAUGAAGUCCGCUGGAUGCGCGAGGGAAACGAGGAGGAUAAGGUCGAGGAGCAGAAUGGCACGCGUCGGCAUCUGUAUACAGAACAAUCACGGCGGUCGAUGAGCACGUCGCUGGGCUCGAACCUCGUCUCCGGCUCCAUCAGCGCAUCGCUGGCUGAAAUCGACCUCAAAACACGCGAUCCCGAGCACCCUCCAGUGGGCGAUAUCGUCAUCGGGCCCUUUGGCGUACUGGACCUUGCUCCGACCGAGUCGCAGAAAAUGCAGCAAACACAGCAGAAGGCAUCCGAACCAGACAGAGAGACUCCUCCGAGUCCACCACAGACAGCCCAGAGCACAGCGGUCCAGGAGACCCAAGUCGAAUUACCAACGCUCGACUCGCCCUCUUACAUCGAUGACUUCCUCCACUGGUCGGAUAUCCUCGGCCUAAGCCCUGAACAGCCGGGAUUCUUCCAGCCGACCAUGCUCGACAUGGACAUGUACCUGGCUGAUCCUAUUCCUGAGCCGUUACCCAUAGUGGACAUGGAGCCUGGCAACAUGGCCAUUAUGACACCUCCACGCAGCGCCAUUGAAAUGGCCUCCACCUUCCUUGAUGCUGCUGCAUUGGCGGACGCCCCUUCGCUGUUCAAGCAUUUCAACGAACAUGUAGUACCGCAGAUGGUGAUUAUGCCGCUUGGAGACAAGUCGCCAUGGCGGAUGAUGAACCUUUCUGCCGCAAUGGCAACAUACAACGACCUGACUAUCCUGGGAUCGCAGAAUAUCAGCCAUGCACGCCUGGCGAAUCUCUAUGCGUUGUUGGCAUGCGCGGCAGUUCAUCUGUCUUCUUCGCAGAGUUCCAAUAUAUCUACCGAGCACUGGCAGCAGGCUGCCGGUCAGAUGUUUGAGCAGGCACGAGACCACAUGCAAAAGUCAUUGAAGCUGGAGACAUGCGAGCCGAAACGGGCAAAGUAUAAAGACCAGUUGAUGGCCAUUUGCUGCUUGAUUCAGUACACCGUCAUCUCAGGGCAACAUCAACAUGCACGAAGUUUCAUGGUCAACGCGGAAUACAUCCUGCGCAGGCGCGGCCUGUUGAAGCAUCGGAUCUCUCAAAAGUCGCGGCUCCUGCACCACGUCUAUACCUGGCUACGCUUGGUCGGGGAGAGCACGUAUGUCCUCCACGACUAUCACCCUUCCGCCUCAUUCAUCGAAGCGUUGAACGCAAAUUUCCAACGACCUCGUCUGGAAGGAGCCGCAGAGAGAUUGACCGAGUCCAAUCCUCGCCUAGACGACUUCCUCCGUCUGGAAGCGCACGACUCGGACAGUGACCUAAACAUCAACGAGCCAAAAGAUAAGCAAAUCGGCUUGCACGACAUCCACCUACAAGACUCGCGUAGCUACCCAGAUACAUUAUACAAGCAGAUCUACGGCAUCCCCGAGACAUGGCUGAGUCUCCUGUCUCAGACGACACGACUGGCGAACGUCAUGGAGACAUUCCGCCUUGCCCAGCAAUCCUGCGGAAACAUCAGCGUCGAAGCGUGGGAAACUCUGCACCGGCGCAGCAUCCGCUUAGAGAACCUCAUCUGCUCGUGCGAUCUCUCCCUCACACGAGAUCCGUCCAAACCGCACGACCAUAUGCUCCGCGCGCUCAACGCGGCGCUCGUCAUCUUCUUCUACCGCCGUAUCCGCCGCGUGCACCCGGCAAUUAUGGCCGCGCACGUCGACAGCGUCAUUUCCUCGCUGGAAGCCUUUACAUCAGCCCUGCAUCGUACCGGGCUGGGUGCUGCAUGGCCGGCGUUUAUUGCAGGGUGUGAAGCUCUCACGGCCCAUAGGAGAGAGGCGAUCCUAGCAUGGAUUGAUAAUGCUAUCGCCAGCUGCGGCCCUGCUGGGUUCAGUGCUGCCAGGGAUAUCAUGGUCGAGUUGUGGCGGAGGCAGGACGAGCAUCUAGAGAGGAACCGGGGCGAAUCGAUGCCGACGUGGACGACGUUCAUUCAGGACCGGCACAUAUGGCCUCUUUUCUGCUGA